AGCCUGGAGCGCAUGCAAAAAAGGCUUGCAUGCUCGCAGCACCACCACUGCUCCCCUACACAUCCAUCCCACCACAACCACCACCGCCAGAAUGCCCAAGAUCGCCCUCGAGAAAGUUUCCAAAAAGAUCCGCAAGAAGAAGGGUGCGCUUGAUGGCCUCGGAGACCGCAAUGCCGCGCGAAUGAACCGUGCCUCGUUGCGGGACCAGAAGCUUAAGCAUGCGGCGAAGGUUCGCAACAUACAGAAGGAGCACGAGAUGCUGCGCAUCGGUUACUUCAAGGUCGUAACGAAGGGUGUCACUGAACCACUCAGCAUUGAGAAGACCCGAGACCUGAUCGCACAAUGGGUAAGCCGCGAGGAAACCGAACUCGAGCGUUACGAGCUCGAGCGACGAGCGGGCCGUCCUCCACUUCCAAAGUACUUAGAGCUCAAGAACAAGGUGGAGAGAGAGCGUGAAGAAUUUCGGACAGGGUACCUAAUGCCUGACCUGCAGGAUAUGGUCAAUAUCGUGAAUCUGCAGCGGUGGGAUGGAACUACUGGGUCUUUGGCUCAGGUCAAGUUCACAAGAGUGUCCAAAGAGGACCCUCCAGUGGUGGAGGAUAAAAUGGAGACCUAGAUUAUGCCGAGAGGGCAAUGAUUCCCGGGAGGGGAGAUUUAGUUGGAGUUUGGCGUUUAAAAGUCGGGCAAUUGAAAUCUAUAUCGACU